AGCUUUGUCGCGUAGUUGUUAGACAUUCACAACGUCUGCCUUCCUGUCAUAUUCCCUCAGCUUGGUGUCUCCGCAGUUAGCGGAAAUUACCAAGAAAAUGGCCUUUACGUAUUACUUAUGUAUUGCCCUUAUGAUAAUAUCUGCCGAAGCUGGACUAUUACGGCCUGCCAUUCUUCGGCAAAAGGCACUUAAAACUGCCAUUGAUAAUGCCAAAAUACAUGCUAAACAGGCAGCGGUAGGAACGACAAGUUCAUACUAUUCUAUGGGUCCAUCGAUGGCCACGCCGGCACCGACCGCCGGGCCCACUAUGGGACCAACUAUGGGACCUUCGAUGGGACCUACGAUGGGACCCACAAUGGGCACCACCUACGCACCCACCACAAAGGGGCCAACCAUGGGGCCAACUAUGGGACCAACUAUGGGACCAACAAUGGGCCCAACUAUGGGACCGACAAUGGGUACCACUUACGCACCAACUAUGGCGCCAACAACAAAACCCACUGCACCAGCAGCAACCACUUAUGCUUCACCUGGAAUGCCUCCUGCUACACCCCCGGGAACACCGCCGGCAACGCCUCCAGGAACACCUCCAGCAACUCCUCCUGGGACUCCACCGGCAACUCCACCUGGCACACCGCCCGCAACGCCUCCAGGAACACCGCCAGCAACUCCGCCUGGCACUCCACCAGCAACUCCUCCCGGUACACCACCAGCAACCCCACCCGGUACGCCUCCGGCUAGCGGACCUGGAAGUGAUCAGGCGUUUACCAUGACCGAAGCGCCCGUUGGCUCACCACCUGUGCGCGGCGGUACCACCACACCGUCCUCCAACGAUGCCGUGGUCACUACUAUCGCAAGUCGAACGCCGUGUUCUUCCGGUUCCGGCAAGACCUGCAACCCCAAAGGUGGACCUGGUCUCAAUAAGCAGCCAAACAUUGUCUUCUUUAUUGCCGACGAUUUGGGUCAUGCCGAUCUCAGUUACACGGAAGGUAACCUGCAGACCCCGACACCCAAUAUUGACAAGCUGGCCUGGGAUGGUAUUAUCCUCCACCGUCACUAUUCCAACCCGAUCUGCACACCCACGCGCUCUGCUCUGAUGACCGGCAAAUACACUUUCCGCAUUGGUAUGCAGACGGCCGCCAUUAGUGACGGUGAACCGUGGGGUGUGCCUCUUCAGUUCAAGUUCCUGCCUCAGUACCUGAAGGAUCUCGGAUACGAUACCUAUGCUACUGGAAAGUGGCAUCUUGGUCAAUACAACCGUGCGUCGUUACCAUCGAGCCGCGGGUUUGAUCAGUCCGUCAUGUUGAUGGCAGGAGAUGGCAACUGGUUCAACUAUACCACUGGCUGGAUUACGCCGUAUCCCAUGGCUGGCAGAAUGAUCCGUGAAAACGGCAAGAUUCUGUUCGCCAACAUUACCAACAACAACUAUUUCCCCGAGUUGAUGACGACCUAUGCCGAGAAGUGGAUUCGCAACCACAACCAACAACCCUUCCUGCUGUACUUCGCCAGCACUGUGCCGCACACUGCAUUCGAAGAUUUCGGCGCCGUCAUGCACACAAUGCCUCAGUACCAGCUUCGACCACCGGUCUUCGCCUUCACCGACAAGUAUCCAUCGCGCAAGAAGUGCAUGGCCACUAUUCAGACACUGGAUGAGCAAUUCAAGCGUGUCACCGACGCUUUGACCUACAAGGGCAUCAUCAACAACACCAUCAUCAUCUUCUUCGCCGACAACGGCGCUCCAAUUCCGUCGUCCUACCAGUUCGUCCACGGCAGCAACCACGGCAGCAACUGGCCGCUGCGUCAAGGCAAGGGUGUCAUGUUCGAGGGCGGAGUCCGCACCAACAGCUUCAUCUGGUCGCCGCUUCUGCCCAAACGUGGACGCAUCACCAACCAGCUGUUCCACGUCAGCGACUGGCUGCCCACCGUCUACGAAGCUGCUGGCGGAGAUGUCAACCAACUGGGUGACAAGCCGGGUGACCUUAGCGGCAUGAGCCAGUGGAAGUCGUUGUACAAUGGUUUGAACUACGGACCUCGUAUGGAACUGGUUAACAACAUCGACACUAUUAAUCCUCAAUAUGCCAUGAUCUACCAGGACAGCUAUGGUGGAAUCUACAAGAUUAUCGGUGGCAACAUUUUCGACAAUUCUUUCCUUGGAUGGUAUCGCACACCAGACACUUCGGACGCAAACCCGCAGACAGUAUGGACACCAGCAGCUACUGACUGCAACUUCCCGCCGGGCGUUGAAGUUAGCAAAUGCGUGCCGCAUCUGUCGCCAUGCCUGUUCGAUUUGGUUAACGACCCAUGCGAACUGAACAACAUCGCUGCGACCUACCCAACAAUGUUGCAGUUGCUGCGAGACAAAAUUACCGCGUACAACGCCACUGGUAUUCCCUCCGAAAUCAAACCAUUCGACCCGGCUGCCGAUCCCGGCAAAUGGGGAGGUUUCUGGGUGCCAUGGAAGGAUCCCGUGGAAGUUGUUGACAACCCACCGCUGACCUUUAUGCCAUUCAACCCGUCCAGCUCGUACUAAGAAGUUCUUGUAAAUAAGUAUUGUUAGCUCUUGAUGAGUUGACACAGCGCUCUUUUUCGGCGCAGGCACAUUUCAAAUAAGAUUUUUGGAGACUACGUUCAAUCGUAUCGGUAACUGUUAUUUACUUGGAUUGUUUGUAAAAUUGGUAAAUAGGGGAACUGAAUAAUCCAAAACACCCAUGAUGAGCAAAA